AUGGCUCUAUUCAACACCCCCAUUCUCGCGGUACUGGCCACACUCACCCUCUUUGCGCUGCAGUUUACAACACUGCGUCUUCUCUCGCUCGCUCCGCACCGCCGUGCCCCCUCAACACCUCGCAAACGCGGCACACCCGCCCACCUCCUUAUAGUCCUCGGCAGCGGUGGCCACACGGCAGAAAUGAUCUCUAUGCUCCGCCGCAGCGCCACCUGUCCUACAUUCACCCACCGCACCUGGCUAGUCUCAUCCGGCGACAACUUCUCCGCCGCCUUUGCCAAAGAAUUCGAACAAGAGAUGGGCGAGAACAACGGCACGUACAGGAUCGUACAAGUCAGACGAGCAAGAAAGAUACACCAAAGCUUGAUCUCUGCGCCUUGGAGUUGCUUGUUGUGUUUGUGGGAUUGUUUAAAGGUUCUGACGCCUUCUUCUGACAAGCAAUAUGGAUAUCCGGAUUUGAUAAUCACCAAUGGUCCUGCUACUGCAACUAUUCUGGUCUUUGCUUCUGUGUUGUUGCGAUUCUUUGGCUUGCAAGGACAGAAUGGUACUGGAGAGAUGCGAACGAUUUACGUCGAAAGCUGGGCAAGAGUCAAGAAGCUCAGUUUGAGUGGGAGAUUGCUGUGCUGGGUUGUGGAUCGCGUACUGGUGCAAUGGGAACAGCUGCAAGGUGCUGGAGUAGGAGGACGCGCUGAAUUCAAAGGUGUCUUGGUCUGA